AUGGCUGAUUCUAACCCCAUUCACGAUGACCCAUCAACGAUUCCGUCGCUCUCAACCGAUCAACCUAAUGAUGCAGGAAAUGAUGUGAAGUUGAGUUCUAAGGACCAGAGAGAUGCUCUACCAGGUGAGCCUAAGUGUACUGUUUGUGGCCGGUAUGGCGAGUAUAUAUGUGAUGAAACUGAUGAUGACGUUUGUAGUUUGGAAUGUAAACAGACAGUACUAUGUCGAAUUUCGAAAUCCUCGUCUCGUAUUGGUGAUUUUCCACCACCUAAAAAACUACCUGCAGAUGAUGAGUGUUUUUAUGUUAGAGAUACUGAUUACGAAUCUGGUAUACCGUCUUCGAGAGGUGAUCAGAGUCAGGCUGAAUUGCUUAGGAAAAAACUCGACAUUCAUGUGAAGGGUUUUGUAUCGGCACCUGUUUUGUCGUUUGCUUCUUGUAACCUCCCUGACAAACUCCUGCACAACAUCGAAGGAGCUGGAUUUGAGAUGCCUACGCCUGUACAAAUGCAAGCAAUCCCCGCUGCUUCGAUGGGGAAGAACAUGCUUGUUUUGGCCGAUACUGGAUCUGGAAAGUCCGCUUCGUUUCUUAUUCCGAUAAUUUCUCGUUGUGUGAGUCAUCGUUCGACUUAUGUUUCAGAUAAGAAAAAGCCUUUAGCUAUGGUGUUAACACCUACAAGAGAGCUAAGUAUACAGGUUGAAGAGCAUGCGAAAUUGCUCGGAAAAGGAUUGCCGUUUAAAACAGCACUUGUGGUUGGUGGUGAUGCAAUGGCUAGACAAAUCUACCGCAUUCAACAAGGAGUCGAAUUGAUUGUCGGAACACCGGGAAGGCUCGUUGAUCUUUUAACAAAGCAUGAGAUUGACUUAAACGACGUAACGACUUUUGUUGUCGAUGAGGUGGAUUGCAUGCUUCAAAGGGGUUUUCGAGAUCAGGUCUUAGAGAUAUUUACGGCUUUGUCGCAACCUCAGGUCUUAAUGUAUUCGGCAACAAUGUCUGAUUCUUUAGAGAAGAUGGCAAACUCUCUCGCAAAAGAUACAGUGAUUAUAACCGUCGGCGAACCUAACAGACCAAAUAAGGCCGUGAAGCAGCUAGCUAUUUGGGUCGAGUCGAAACAAAAGAAGCAAAAACUGUUUGACAUUCUAACAAGCCAGAAACAUUUUAAGCCACCUGUUGUAAUAUAUGUUGGCUCGAGACUCGGGGCAGAUCUACUUGCAAAUGCAAUUACAGUUUCAACAGGAAUGAAAGCUGUUUCGAUUCACGGCGAGAAGUCAAUGACUGAAAGGCGAAAAAUAAUGCAGUCAUUCAUGGUCGGUGAGUUCCCGGUAGUUGUGGCUACCGGAGUUUUGGGUAGGGGGGUCGAUCUAUUGGGUGUAAGACAAGUAAUUGUAUUCGACAUGCCGAAUUCCAUUAAGGAGUAUGUGCAUCAAAUAGGAAGGGCUUCUAGAAUGGGAGAGGAAGGUCAAGCCAUAGUUUUUGUAAAUGAUGAGAAUAAGAAUGUUUUUGCAGAGUUAAUUGACGUAUUAAAGUCGGGUGCGGCGGCUAUACCUAGGGAGCUUAUCAAUUCACAAUAUGCCACAGGAUUUUUCUCAGGGGGCAAGGGUUCAAAGAAGAGAAAGCAUAGAUGA